GGUUUUAAGGCAGGUAGACAACAUCCUGUUGUUAGGGCGCUCCCCUCUCUUUUUUGCACAUCUGGCUGAACUGGGAGUCAGGUGGCUGACUCGUGCCUGGUUGCCAUCCCUUCAACCGUCCCACGCCUCGGCCCGCCCAAGAGUCCACCAAGCCAUGGAUGCGGUGACUGUGUAUCAUGGCAAAAUCAGCCGGGAGACCGGGGAGAAGCUCCUGCUCGCCACGGGUCUGGACGGCAGUUAUUUGCUGAGGGACAGCGAGAGUGUCCCGGGCGUGUACUGCCUGUGUGUGCUGUAUCAAGGUUACAUUUAUACAUACCGAGUGUCCCAGACAGAAACAGGUUCUUGGAGUGCUGAGACAGCACCUGGGGUACAUAAAAGAUUUUUCCGGAAAAUAAAAAAUCUCAUUUCAGCAUUUCAGAAGCCAGAUCAAGGCAUUGUAAUACCUCUGCAGUAUCCAGUUGAGAAGUCUUCAGCUAGAAGUACACAAGGUACUACAGGGAGAAGAGAAGAUCCCAAUGUCUUCCUGAAAGCACCAUGAAGAAAAAUAAAAUACCUUGUACUUUAUUUUGAAUAAUUUAAAUAUAUGCUAAGUCUUAUAUAUUGUAGGUAAUACAGUUCAGUGAGCUACAAAUGUAUUUCUAAAACCAUCAAAGUCCUGUAAUGGAAGCAUCUAGAAUGAUGUUAAAGCUGAAAUGGACUUUAUAGAUAAUGAGGAGCUUUGAAAUGAGGAUUGGGAAAAAAUAAUUCCACAGGUUAUUUUCAGUUAUUUACAAAUGGGAAAUGAUUUAAAACAUAAUGAUACUUUAUAAAAGAUUAAUGUCGAUUCUUGCCAAAUAUAAAUAAAAAUAAUCCUCAGUUUUUCUCAAAAGCACCAUUUUUAGUGAAAUAUUAUUUAAUAGCUACUGAUUUUAAAAUGUCUUGCUUGAUUACGUGGUGGGAAGCUGGUUCGUGUCCCUCGUCUUUGUCACGUUCUGCAUUUGGUAUUAUGCCCUCCACUAGCUAUGGUGUUGUAGGCUCUUUCGGGAUUCAGGAAGCUGCGCACUGUGUGCUAAAACAAGUACUAGAUAAAGAGUGAAGAGUUUCUGUUUAAUUCUGAAAGCAACCUCCUUGCCUAGUGUUCUGAUGUUGGACAGUAAAAUCCACAGACCAAUCUGGAGUUUAAAAAUCCCAUAAUUUAAAAUAAACUCUAAAUGUUUAUUAUAUUUGAUGCUACAGGAUUUGAAAUUAUAUUGCAAAUCCGAUGAAGUGGCCUUUCCUUCUUUUUCACCUCUGCCCCAGUUGUUGCUCCUCCAUGUAAAACCUCAUUUUGAAGGGAAGCUUUAGCAGCUGUGGCUCAUGAGUAGUGACUUGCAAGCAGUCUUCCUAUUAGGUAGCCCUACAAGACCAUUGGAAAGCCUAUGGUUACAUUAAUCCUUAACAAUUCCAAGUGAUUGCAACCUAAGUGAGAGCCGAGAUUUUACACAGUGAUGGGUAUUUGUAUUUUCUUCUUGCGUUUAUAUUUUCAUGACUCUUGUGAUUUGAUUAUAUGUCAAGUUGCUUCAGGGCUCCUAGAAUUCAUUCACUCAACAAACACAAUAGGCACUGGGGUAGAAAAGUAAAAACACCUAGUCCCUGCGCUCAGGCAGCUCACUGUCUAGUUGCACGAGAAAACAAUAACAAAAGACAAUUAAAAAAGCAACAAUAAAAGACAAUAAAAUAACAAUAAAAGGUAAUAAGUACAUGGUAAGUGAGGGUCCCAAUGUGAUGUAGAUCUGUCUUUAGAGGCAGAAGGAGUCAAUACAAAUACUUUGGUCUAUGGUCCAUAGGAAAAGCCUAAGUUUCAUUGUAAUAAAUCAGAAUUCUAAUAGAAUUCUGGGUUGUAUAUGAGUGGUGGUGAGCUUGGUUCAUUAGUGAACUGCCAAGAGACAGAGCUACUCUCCGAGUGCUGGCAAGAUCUGAUUUCUGAGCGUGUAACAUGGAUGCUAUUGGAGUACAAAGGUACAGUAUGGCCACAAUAAUGUCUGGUGGGCCGUUUACCAUUUCUAGAAGUACAAGCAUCACUUUGACUUGUAAAGGAAUUCAGAAAGCCGACUUUCAAAGUAAAAUGCAUACGUUUAGAUAAUAUUUAAUUAUUUGUAGCUUGGGUUUAAAUUUUAAUAGGUGUAACUAAUUUUUACUCUCUCUAAUUUGUUCAUUCUGGAAUAAUCCUAAAUAUAUGAAUUAUGUUUGCAUGUUCCUUUACCAAAGCCUUUUUUGAAAAAGCUUUUUUGAAUCGU